AUGGCAUUGAGGGCCAAACACGAAGAAUCUCCGGAAGAAGAAUUGGAAAGCGCGAUAUACCGUGCGGCCCGUUUGGCCUUCCGCAUAAGCGCAAUCAGCCAGAACCUCACCGAAGACACGUCACCAGAUUGGUCCAAUGAUAAAACAGUAGCAGAAUAUGCUGGUAUCGUCUUCAAUGCGGGUCCUCUUCCAUCGUCAUCAUCAACGUCGCCUGCCUCAGAACCGGAUGCUUCCGAGGUUGCGGGCAUUCAGUCGCGUCUUACACACAGGCUUACAACAGUGAACAUUGAGAAGUACACCAAUAUCACCAUCAAAGAGACGCAGUACUUGCUGUCUCACCUGAAAUUAGUCGAAACGUUUGAAUACACAACUCUCUACGUAUUUCGGGACAUGAGAUGGCUCUUAGACGCCGUGGAGAUGGAACAUUUCCCUAUUCCGCGAGAGAUUCUUCAAGAAACCAUCGAUACACUCAACUACUUGUACCCUAGAGAUGGAGCGACUAAAAAGCUGCUCAGACAACAAGGUAUUAAGCUGCAUGUCUUCCAGAAAUCGAUUCCAGAUCGGCCUAGAUUUAGAGACUUCAAAUACUACAAGCCGCGUAUGGUGGACGUCGCGUAUGAGUUUUUGAAUCCGCCGAGAAGAUGGGGGACUGUCUGGAAGGAUAGUAGGAACCCUGUGCAGUUUUGGACGUUCUGGCUGGGACUCUUGAUCUUCCUCUUCACUCUCGCAUUCGGCAUUAUGGCGACAGUCCUAGCUAGCUGGGUUGCAAUUGCACGUUGCCAUACACCCGCCCAAAGGAGACUGAAUGAGACAGAGACUGCGACUGUCUUUUGCGCUCUGUGGGAGUUUGUUUGUCGAAAAGAACAGAGACUUAGAGAAGUGCAGUUAAUGAGACGUCAACGGAGUUGA